AUGAAUGUCGCGUCCGCAAAAUUCGAUGUAAUGGUCGGCAGCCAUGCGAACCAUGUGAAGACUUUGAACGUUGUCAACUGUACAUUUACAUCUACACGUGGACAACGCAUGUCCGGUGCUCCGCGAACAAAAAUCCUUGAAGAUCGUCUGCGCCGGGCUAGAGCCUUGAUAACGAGACUUCAGGCCCAGCAUCCGUCAGCCCAACUCAAUGCUGAGGUCAAUAGCAUCUUUGAUUCUCCGCCGGGGUCGCCUGUCCCGACCGAUUCAGAGGCUUUGGGCUCGGUUGAUUCCAGCUCUGCAGACCACCUGGAGAACAUGUUGGACGGUAAAGGCCGACUCACCUCGACCAAAAACUCCACAGAGUAUUAUGGCGGUGGCUCGGGCUUUGCGUUUCUUCAACAGACGCAGCUGCUGUUCAAUCAAGACUCCCCCACGACAGAACUCCGAAACAGCAGCCACCUGUCUCUCGACGCCAUGUCCAGGCUCUUCGAUUCACCACUGCCAGAUAAACAGGCCCUAGCAACUGAUAUUCCCAUCUCGCAGCUUCUGCCAUCUAGGCAAUCAGCCACAGAGCUCCUGUAUGCAGUGUUUGGACAGACCUAUCAAUUGCUACAGUUCCUCCAUGAACCCACCUUUCAAAAACAAACGGACCGAAUAUACAAUCUUGAUCCAAUGGACUUCGAAGACUCUGACCAUGAUUUUCUACCACUCUUCUACUCAGUAACUGCUCUGGGGUACCUGUUUCAUCAGAAAAUGCACCACAAGUACGGCUGUAAAGGCGCCGUCAACCAAGCAAUGCGUCAUUUCAUCGCGGCUCGCCGAAUGGUGGACCUCGAUCGUUGUCGUGAUAUUCCAACGCUCCAGACCUUACUCUGCCUGAUUCUUUUCCUGAUCUCGACGGCCCGUCUUGCCACUGCCCACACUUUUAUUGGAUUGGCCGUCGCAGCGGCCAUGAGGAUGGGGUUGCACUCCCAAGCCUCCUGUGACGGGCUCUCUGACCUGGAGAAAGAUGUCCGGCGAAGAACAUUUUGGACGAUCGUCAAGCUAGAUAUCUACAGCGGUACGGUCCUCGGACUUCCAGGGAUGAUUAAACUUGACUAUGUGGAUCAGCCCAAGCCAAGUGGCCAUAUUCGUGACUACGCGAAUGAGGAGCGGGGUGGGUUUGCCUCUCCGAGCACCAGGCGCAUGUUUGCAGCUUCGGCACAGUACCUAGGCGUCCUGUUGAUUAUGAGCAAAGUGGUGCAGAAGUUAUAUCCGAAGACUGAUACGGAAGCUCACCAGGAGGGUGAAACAAAGAAGAUUUAUGUCAGCAAUGCCACCAUACUUGAGAUUGAGAAUGAUUUUAAAGCGUGGAGGGACGGGCUGUCUGACUCACUUGGCUUGGCUGAGGACAAUAACGACCUGAGCAGCAUCGUUUAUGAAUUGGAGAUGGUGCACAAUUUCGGUUACAUCCUCCUUUACCGGCCAUUCCUGCAUUACUUAGCAAAAGCCAAAACUGAGAAUCCGCCAGACGCACGACUCUUGCGCUGUGCAGCAUGCUGCGUCAAAAUAUCGAGGUUCACCAUCUCCCGCUCCGACGAGAUGCUUCAAAAAGGCUUCCUUGCUCCCGCCGCGUGGCAAUCGGUGUACACGGUGUUUUUGUCACUGGUCACGCUGAUUUUCUUUCUAGCUACGCAGCACGGCAACAAGGACUAUGCCGCCAUCCAGAAGGAAACCGAGACGGGGGUUCGGAUCCUCGCCAGCACAUCUUGCCAAGAUAUUGGUUCAAGGAGAUGUCUGGACGUUUUAAGAGUGCUCACUAAAAGGCUCUCGCACAUUAUCAACCUAGAUAUUGAUGAGAUCUCAGCAGGAGUUCAAACAUUCUGUCAAGACAAUACCGGAGAUAUAGCUGCCCCAAAGCCGGGAGUGUUCUGCAGUGAUUCCAACCUUCCUCUGCUGGAUCGUCUCGGAAGAAGUAGGUCGACUGAAACGCUGGUGAUUCCAAUUAACCAACAAUUUGUGGUGCAGGAUCCGUCCGGGUCCCUGCAAAAUCCUCCGUUACACAGUCUACUCAGCACUGCGCCAAUCUAUUCUCCCUCUUCAAUGGCUUAUCCGACCCAAACGUCUACGUGGGAACAAGUAGCGGGAUGGCCGAACGCGGCAAGCAGUCCUUAUCUUGCAAGGCCAUCCUUGAGCCACGCUUCCCCUCCACCACCCGUGGACGUUGCUGAAUCCUUUCUGCAUUCGGAUAUGGAGGUGCCAUAUACUGAUGCGUUCGCGUGGCCAUUCCAAGUGACGGCAAACGUGGCGAACGGACGUCACGACAGCACUGAUACAUCGCAACCACAACCGGAGCCUCAUGGACUUACACCUCAAGACAUUGCUGCCUUUAUGCGAAUUAAUCCUGGCGACGAACCUUUCCUUUAG